UUGUCAUACUAACUAUUUAAGAAUUUUGAUCUAAGUUGUUGUGCAAUGUAUCUAUGCUCUGAAUCUUGGGAAUUCUGCCUGGGAAGUGACUGGUUUUCAUAGCCAAGUUAUUAUUUCUAGAUCACAUGACCUAUACCAUUCAGAGCCAUUUAAGCUAACUAGAUAUUUUAUGCAACUACAGUGAAUAGUUUGGUUUUUUUUCCCUAAUCUUUUUUUUUUUCCUGAUCAGGAUGUGCAGUGGAAAAAAAAUCAGUCUUAGCAGCCAGAAGCAGCCAGCCACAAUCAUGGCAAACAGCGCAUGUUCAUCGUCCUUCAGUCGUAAGCAUGGCCCAGCGCCUGAGCUCAUCCACAGAGAGGAGAAAGAACAGGCCCCAGGCAACAUGUUUAGCCCUUUCGGAUGCCAUGGUUUGCCUCAGCAGUGAUUUCCUAGUUGGAGAUGCUUCAGUUCGGUUUUGGUUGGGGUCUCCAGCUGUCCCUGUCGGCUCUGACGGCAUUAUUAUCAGGAGCUCAUCCACAAGGCUUCCGAAUCCUGACAUCCAUUCUUAGGCACUUUUUACACGUGGGUGUGGUCCAUGAAAGAGGCACACCACACAAGGAAGCACCAGCAACUAUUUUUGUCCCAAAGCCCUUGUCCUAGACCUAGGCUGACUAUAGGGUCUCCUUCCUGUCUUGUCCUUAGUCCUCAGGCUCUCACACUCGUCUUUUACUGCUUGGGUUCGCUUUCUAUUGCUGCCCUAACAAAUGACCACACACUUCACGGCUUAAAACAGAUUUAUCAGUUCACAGUUUGGGACCUGAGUCUCACUGGACUAAACUCAGGACGUUGGUAGGGCUGUGUUGCUUCCUGGAGGAUGUAGGGGAGAGCUCUGCCUUCUGUUCUUUCACGGCUUCCAGAGGCCAUGUACAUUCCUCCGCUCACACCCUUCCUUCUCCAUCUUCAAAGCUAGCAACGGGUUGAGUCCUUUUAACAUGGUCUUGUCUGACCUCCACUUCUGCCUCCCUUUUCCACAGUUAAGGGCCCUUGUGAUUACACUGGGUCUGCCCACACAAUAGAAGAUUACUUCCCUGAUUUAAAGUCCAUUGGUUAGCAACCUUAUGACCACCUGCUGCCUUAAUUCUCCUCUGCCCUGUAAUGUCAUGUAUCCACAAGGUUCAGAAUCAUUGCCGAAACUGAGCCUCCAUACCUUGCUUAUGGAAUUGAGACCCGGGCACAGAGUUUUGGAUGAAGUCAAAGAGGAAGUUUUAUUUCUUUGCCAGGCAAAGGAGGUCACAGUGGGCUAACACCUCUAAGACCGCAAGCCUGCUGAGGAGGAAAGGUAGGGGGGUUUAUGGUAAAAGUUUAAGAGUUCAAGGGGCAGUGCUGGUUUCCACAGAGAUCACAUACAGGGUAACAAAUGGUUGCAAAGUCGUCCUUGUUUUUGCAGAUGCAAUGGUCCCCUUCCUUCUGUUGGGUAUGAUGUUUCCCCCUGGCUUUGGGACUCUCCUAAUAUUCUUGAGUCUGGGACGAAGGGAGCUGAGGGAGGGUGUCUGUGGAAAAGUGCUCCAGAGAAAAUCUUGUGCAGUUUAAAGUCAGGUUGAUAUAUGCUUCUAGCAUUUCAGUCAGCCUGAGGCCUGGGACCUCUUGCUGCAGGCUGGGACCUCAAACAACAGAAUACAAAGAAACCACAAGUGGCUAAGAAAGAACUGCGGACAUUAGUGAGUUACAGAUAAGGUGAUACACAAACCAUCCAACUGCCUUUUCUGAGGUGUCGGGAGCUAAGGCAGGGCACUGAACAGGACCCCUACACAUGGCACCGCCAAGGAGUUGGGCCGACCACCCAAGCCCCACUCUUCUCCAGCCCACCCUGGACGGCAAGAGCAUGCGAAAAGCCAUUUAAACUAUUAUACAAUUAAGCAGUUACAAAUACUGUAUUGUCACCUAUGACAAUAGGGUCCUGCUCCAUUAUAGGAUUAGAACAGGACCAUUUUUUUGCCUACCAUGCUCCUCUUCGAUUAUUCCUGCCCUCUCAGACUGAGAUAGCAGCCGCACAGUAUUCCCUGAAAUAAAACGUGGUCAGACGCUCCCUCCGGCAGUGCCCCCUGCCCGCUGAGUAGGUGGUUUUCCCAUUUGAGCUCCCCACAAACGCCAGCAUGGGCCAGCCCAUCUAUGACUUUGUUCUCGCCCCAUGGGUAAGAUAAGGAUUUUAGGCGAUGAACCAAGUAGCCAGAAGUAACCUCAUUGGUAAAAUGAUGAAAGAGACAAUAGCAACCUAUGAUUUCCAUCCCUCUUCAAUAGGAGCCCGUCUCUGGCAGGGCCUCCAAAUCCAGGCAUCCGGGAAUGCACAGAGCUUCAGCGGUUCUCUGUUUGUCAGGCCCUUUUUCACUGUUGCUUUUCCUGGAGGAGGGAGAGGGGGUCAGUCGGGGGAUGUCUAACAUGGCUGUAGGGUGAAGAAAACACUGUUUAGGCUACUUUUUUUCCCUAUGCAUUUUGGUCUCUUAGAUUCCACUGUUUCCAUCUAACCCGUACUAUCAUCUACGGGUUAAAUUUUUUGUUUUCCCUCGUUCUUGCAAAUAGUCUUUCCAGCAGACCUGCCUUCUCUGUCUGCCCAAAACUAGAUGAGAUGCUUGGCUGUCUUUCCCCCUAUCAUGGGCCUGUUUUUCUUGGGAAUUCACUUCAACAAGGGUUCCUUCCAUAUACUGUUUUUCUGCCAGUGCCAUGAGAAAUAGGAUUUUAAUUUUGUUAGGGUUAUGGUUGUUUUUACCAUUGGUGUGAAGGUGUUUCACCUUCUAUAUCUUAGCCUUGGAACUGGAGAAAACAGAAGUAUAGUAUCCAUGCAGAUUUCCUUCCCCCUGAACCUGCCUGAUCUUCCAUAAUGCAGAAUCAGACCCCACGGGUCUGUCCAGACCUUUAACACUACAGGUCAUUUUAAGCAAAGAAAUAUUGUGUAGUUUUCAGUGCUCUCAAUAAUUGUAGAUUAAAUUAAUUUCCUUGGUUAAUUCUAGAUUAAUAUGCACACUUUAGUCAGGAGAGUUGAAAAACUUCUUUGUGUAUUUUCCUUAAUUGGAGCAAAUUUUAAUGAUUUGGCUGACUUUUUUGGAGUGGGGUAAUGUGUAUGUGUUUGAGGUUAAAUGAUAUUCUAGUUCUACCACAAAUGGGUGUUUCUUCAGUGUUCUUGUUUAUUUUUGUCCAUUUUGGUAAAAUUUUCAAAGGAGAUUGGGGAAAUCAACUUUUUUGCAUAUACUUUUAAGGUAGGCUAAUUUUUUUUUCCAUUAUAUACUAUUAUUUACUCCCUUCCUUCUGAACUACCCCACCCCCACAGUCAACUUGAUUCUUAGAGACUUUUCUCUUAAUACUUUAACUUCAAAAAUACAAUGUUUGUCAUUAUACUUAGUACCUGGAAAGCCUUUAUGGUAAAUAGACGUCUUCUCAUUACCCUGAAAAAUUAAUUUCCAUUGUACUUUUUACAGUGAAUUUUCUUGAAAUCUAUGUUCACAUACUUCAAAAUGUAUUUUCCAUAAUGCAUUUUUCUUGCAACUGUAUUUUCUUCUUUUCCGUUAUCUCUUUACCAAAUACUUUACUUUUGAUCUUUUUCCCCAAGAUUUCAUGUAUUUUUUUCCCUCUCUCACUGUUUUCAAAUGCAUUUUAAUUUUCUUUUAAAAUUUGGGAGGAUUACAAAUUUUUGUCUCUGUAUUAUGGAAGAUUUUAUGUUUUUACUGACUUCAGUGGGAAUCUUAAGUGUUGUUUGCUUUUCAUUUCUAUUUCAUUUCAUUUUUUCUUCUGAAAUUUUAUUAUAGUCAUUAAAUGGAAGAUUUAAAACCUUUCCUUCUGUAUAUAUAAUAAAAUUUUCUCUUAAAAAUUAUAUAUUUUCUCUGUCUCUUGAAGGUAAUCUAACUUUCCUUAUGGUCUAGCAUCUGGGGACUCCUGAUAACAACUGCACAAAGUGGAGCCAGUGAGUAAAGAGCCUGAGUGGAUCCCUCCUAGGUCUCCUCCCUGCCUGGCUGGAUGCCGGGAGAAUCUCUGCUCUUACUCUGAAGGGAGAAUUGAUCCCUUGACAUGCUGAUUAACAGUGAGAUCUCCAGAACUUGGCUUUCUGGGUUAAAUCCCUGGUUGUGCCAGCAUUAGCAGUGUUUGGGGAGUCACUUUGCCCUUCUAUGACUCAAUUUCCUCAUCUGUAAAAUGGGGAGAAAUAUCCCAAAGGUUUAUUGGGGGGAUUAAACUAGCUAAUUUUUAUAAAACCCUUAGAACUACCUGGAACAUAGAAAAGUGCCAUUAAAUAUAGUUAGUAUGAUUUUCUUUUUAAUAUCCUGUAUUCAAACUAAUUCUAAUCUCUCCUUGUUUCAGGCAUAAUGAACAACAUGAAAUGCUCUAAAAUUUCAAGAGAUUUUCUACCUACUUGCCUUUGAGUUUUGUUACUGUUGGGUUUAGUGUGUGUGUGUGUGUGUGUGCGUGUGCGUGUGCGUGUGCGUGUGUGUGUUUUAAUGAUGGUUGGCUUGGGACUUUUCUGGACUUCAUGUAUAAAAGGUUGAUAAAGAUGGAAUUAAUCGUACUGUGAUUUCAUGGCACACAGAAUGAUUGAUUCAAACAAAGCUCCUAUCUUGUUUAGGUUAUUUAUUUUCUUGAAUUUACAAUUCCCACUUCACACUCCACCUCCAUUCCCUCUUCGGGUCACCUUUUCAUUGUACUUGACGGAAAACCUUUAGUCCCUGGAUGUUCUUGAAAACUCUGUAUUGCAGGUAGUGUUAGUUCAUACAAAUGACAUGGUGGUAUCACUCUCAAUGUUUCUUACUGUUUUUUAAAAUUGGCACUAUGUUUUUAAGAUCUCUUCAUGUUGUUGAGUAUAUUCCAAUCCAUUGCUUCUGAAUCCUAUACAGUAUUCUACAGACUGUAUCCAUUAAAAUUUGUUUGACAGCUCCAUGCUGCAAUAGCCUACAUCAUGAUGAGCAUCCUUGUACAGGCCCCCUCGUGGACCGGAGCAGGAAUUUCCUUGGCGCACAUACCCAGGAGCAGAACUGACUAACGGCAGGAUGCUGCUAAGUAGUAAUGAACUGGUAAUGAAUCACCAGAAUAGUGACGUCUUCUCCCACUAGCAGUACAUAAAGCUCCUUUAUCCCCUUAGAAAACUGAACAAUGCCAAGUUGUGGGACAACACUUGACUCUGGUAAGGUCUCUACUUUUUGUCAGACCAAUGAGGGAACCAGUAUGAAUUACAUGUAUCUGAUAAUUGUUUUGAUUUUUAUUUCUUUCAGUGCUGAGCUUGAAUGUCUCUUCACGUGUUUUCCAGCUUUUUGGCUUCCUUCUCUGCUACGCAUGCAGUUGGAAACGGCUGUGGUGAUGUUUCUUUUUGGUUGGAUUGAAAAAUGUUUUCUAUUCCAGACCUUCACGUUUACUUCCUUUACCUUCUCCUUUCAAAAUAAACAGGUCCUAACGAGUAAGAGGCACCUCAGCGUGGCUCAGCAAACGCGGGCGCUUCUCCGCAAGAAUUUUCUUAAAAAAUGGAGGAUGAAAAGAGAGGCCCUGUUGGAAUGGUUUUUCUCACUUCUUCUAGAGCUGUUUGCAUACCUGUUUUCCUCCAAUUUACACCAAGUUAAUGACUUUCAUCAACCGCCUGCAGUGGAUCUGGGACAUGUAGAUGAUUUUAAUGAUUCUAAUUACGUUAUUGGAUUUGCACCUGAAUCCAAGACAACCCAGGAGAUAAUGAACAAAGUGGCUUCCGCGCCAUUUAUGAAAGGAAGAACUAUCAUGGGGUGGCCUGAUGAAAAAAGCACGGACGAGCUGGAUUUAACCUAUUCUACAGACGCAGUGAGAGUCAUCUUUAAUGAUACCUUCUCGUAUCAUUUGAAGUUCCUCUGGGGAGAUAGAAUCCCCAAGAUGAACGAAAACAGAGACCAUUCAGCUCAUUGUCAAGUAAUGGAUGAGACAAUCACGUGUGAAAGUUCAGUGUUCUGGGAGAAGGGCUUUGUAGCUUUUCAAGCCACUAUUAAUGCUGCUAUCAUGGAAAUCGCAACAAAUCAUUCAGUGAUGGAAAAACUGAUGUCAGUUACUGGCAUAAAUAUGAAGAUAUUACCCUUCGUUGCCCAAGCAGGAGUGAUGAUGGAUUUUUUCAUUUUCUUCUGCAUUAUUUCUUUUUCUGCAUUUAUAUAUUAUUUAUCAGUCAAUGUUACACUAGAAAGAUGAUACAUGAAGUCACUGAUGAUGAUGAUGGGGCUUCAAGAGUCGGCAUUCUGGCUCUCCUGGGGUUUGAUGUACUCUGGCUUCACCUUCAUUACGGCCACUUUGAUGGCUCUGAUUGUCAUCCUAACUGGCUUCGUGGUGGUCUUCACCCUCUUCCUCCUCUAUGGCAUGUCUUUGAUAACGUAAGCUUUCCUGAUGAGCGUGUUGGUGAAGAAACCUUCCCUUACCGGGCUGGCUGUCUUUCUUCUUACUGUCUUUUGGGGGAGUCUGGGAUUCACUGCUCUGUACAGACACCUUCCUGCAUUUUUGGAAUGGACCUUAUGUCUUCUUAGCCCUUUUGCUUUCACUGCUGGAACGGCCCAGCUUAUACAUUUGGACUAUGACGGGAACUCUAACAUCCCUCUGGAUUCUUCAAACAACCAGUACCUAAUAAUAGCAACUCUUUUCAUGCUGGUUUUUGAUGCUUUUCUCUAUUUGGCAUUGACAUUAUAUUUUGACAAAAUUUUGCCCACUGAAUAUGGACGUCGACAUUCGCCUUGGUUUUUCCUGAAAUCCUCUUUCUGGUUUCAACACCAAAGGGCUGAUCACGCGGCCCUUGAGAAUGAGACAUAUGUAGAUUCUUCAACUAGCGACUCCUUUGAACCAGUGUCUCCAGAAUUCCAUGGGAAAGAAGCCAUUAGAAUAAGAAAUCCUAGGAAAGAAUAUGGAAGAGGUAAGCAGGAAAAAGUAGAAGCUUUGAAAGGUCUGGUAUUUGACAUAUAUGAAGGCCAGAUCACUGCCCUCCUUGGUCAUGGUGGAGCUGGGAAAACCACCCUGUUAAAUGCGAUCAAUGGACUGUCGGCCCCAACAUGAGGUUCGGUCACCAUCUAUAAUCACUCACUUUCAGAAAUGGCUGAGCCAGGAACGAUCAGCAGGCUCACUGGAGUUUGUCCACAAUCCAACGUGCAGUUUGGCUUUCUCACCGCGAGAGAAAAUCUUAGGUUCUUUGCUUAAGUAAAAGGGAUUCAGCCACAUGAAGUGGAGCAAGAGGUUCAACGAGUUUUACGGGACUUAGAGAAGGAAAAUAUUCAAGACAUUCUGGCUCAACAUUUAAGCGGUGGACAAAAAAGAAAACUAACUUUGGGGAUUGCAUUUUUAGGAGAUCCUCAGGUUUUGCUUUUGGACGAACCAACUGCUGGAUCAGAUCCUCUUUCAAGACACCAUGUGUGGAACCUCCUGAAAGAGAAGAAAUCAGACAGAGUAAUUCUCUUCAGUACCCAGUUCAUGGAUGAGUCUGACAUCCUGGCUGAUAGGAAGGUGUUUAUAUCCAGUGGAAGGCUGAAGUGUGCAGGUUCUUCUCUAUUCCUGAAGAAGAAAUGGGGCAUCGGCUACCAUUUAAGUUUGCAUCUGAAUGAAAUGUGCGAUCCAGACAGUAUAACAUCGCUUGUUAAACAGCACAUCCCUGAUGCCAAAUUAGCAGCACAAAGUGAAGAAAAGCUGGUAUAUAUUUUGCCUUUGGAAAGGACAAACAAAUUUCCAGACCUCUACAGGGAUCUUGAUAGACGUUCAAACCAGGGCAUUGAGAAUUACAGUGUUUCCAUGACAACACUGAAUGAAGUGUUCUUAAAAUUAGAAGGAAAAUCAGGUGUCGAUGAACCAGAUAUUGGAAUUUGGGGACAGUUACAAAGUGAUAGGACAAAAGACGCAGGAAGCCUUGUUGAGCUGGAACAAGUUUUGUCUUCCUUCAAUGAAACAAAGAGUGCAGUCAGCGGCAUGGCCCUCUAGAGGCAGCAGCUCUGGGCAAUGGCAAAAGUUCGCUUGCUGAAAUUAAAGAAAGAAAGAAGAACUCUGUUGACCAUAUUGUUGCUUUUUGGCAUUAGCUUUUGCCCUCAGCUUUUGGAACAUCUGUUCUAUGAGUUAUAUCAAAAAUGUUAUUCUUGGGGACUGUCUCCUAACAUGUACUUCCUCUCACCGGAGCAACCACCUCAAGCACCUCUGACCCACUUACUGGUCAUCAAUAAAACAGGAUCAAGCAUCGAUGACUUCAUACAUUCCCUGAGGCAACAGAACAUAGCUUUGGAAGUGGACGCCUUUGGAACUAGAAGUGGCCCAGACGAGCCAUCAUACGAUGGUGCUAUCACUGUGACAGGGUACGAUCGCAGAUUUUCCAUAGCGUGUAACACCAAAAGGCUGAACUGCUUUCUUGUCCUCUUGGACAUUAUUAGCAACGGGCUACUUGGAAUUUUUAAUUCUUCAGAACACAUUGAGACUGACAGAAGCACAUAUUUUGAAGAGCACACGUCCUACUAUGAGUCCGGUUACCCGAGCAGCGCCGCCUUCUGGAUCCCGCUGACAGCCUGUUUCACCCCUUACAUUGCCAUGAGCCGUGUCGGCGACUAUAAAAAAAAAGCUCACUCCCGGCUACGGAUUUCAGGCCUCUGCCCUUCCGCGUACUGGUUUGGGCAGGCACUGGUGGAUGUCCCGCUGUUCUUCUUGAUCCUCCUCCUGAUGCAGAUCGUGGAUUACAAUUUUAGCCCAGAGGAGGUUCUGUUUGUAAUUCAAAGCCUGUUGAACGUUCAGAUCCUGUAUAGUAUUGGAUACGUCUCAUCUCUUAUUUUCUUGACAUAUGUGAUUUCAUUCGUUUUUCGCAGUGGGAGAACAAACAGUGGCAUUUGGUCCUUCUUCUUCUUAAUUAUCACCAUCUUCCCCAUGGUUGCUACCGAACUAAAUGAAUAUGGAUUUCUAGGGCUGCUUCUCUGUACCAUGUUAAUACCACCCUUCACAUUGAUUGGUUCCCUGUUUACUUUUUCUGAGAUUUCUCCUGACUCUGUGGAUUAUUUGGGAGCUUCAGAACAGCAGAUUGUAUUUCUGGCAUUGCUAAUACCUUACCUUCACUUUUUCAUUUUCCUCUUUGUUCUACGAUGUCUGGAAAUGAACUUUAGGAAGAAAUUAAUGAGAAAGGAUCCUGUGUUCAGAAUUUCACCGAGAAGCAGCAGUGUUCUUCCAAACCCAGAAAAACCUGAAGGAGAGGAUGACGGUGUUCAGAUGGAAAGAAUGAGAACAGCAAAUGCUGUGACUGCCCCAGACUCGGACGAGAACCCAGUCAUCAUUGCCAGCUGUCUGCGGAAGGAAUACACAGGCAGAAGGAAAACCUGCUUUGCCAAGAGGAAGAAAAAAGUAGCCACGAGAAACGUCUCUUUCUGUGUAAAGGAAGGUGAAGUUAUAGGGCUCUUAGGACACAAUGGAGCAGGUAAAAGUACAGCUAUCAAGAUGAUAACCGGAGACACAAAACCAACCGCGGGGCAGGUGCUACUGAAAGGGCGCGGCGGAGGGGACGCCCUGGGGUUUCUGGCAUGUCCCCAGGAGAACGCGCGGUGGCCCAGCCUGACGGUGCAGGAGCACCUGGAGGUGUUCGCCGCCGUGAAAGGGCUGAGGAAGGCGGACGCCGCGGCUGCCAUCACACGGUUGGUGGAUGCGCUCAAGCUGCAGGAGCAGCUGAAGCUCCCCGUGAAGGCUUUAUCCGAGGGAGGAAAGCGAAAGCUGUGCUUCGCGCUGAGCCUCCUGGGAAACCCGUCGGUGGUGCUUCUGGACGAGCCGUCCACGGGGACGGACCCCGAGGGGCAGCUGCAGAUGUGGCAGGCGACCCGGGCCACCAUUAGGAACACGGAGAGGGGCGCCCUCCUGACCACCCAUUACAUGGCAGAGGCUGAGGCUGUGUGUGACCGCGUGGCCAUCAUGGUGUCUGGGAGGCUGAGAUGUAUCGGCUCCAUCCAACAUCUGAAGAGCAAAUUUGGCAAAGAUUAUCUGCUAGAGAUGAAGGUGAAGACCCUGGCCCAGGUGGAGUCUCUGCACGGCGAAAUUCUGAGGGUUUUCCCCCACGCUGCUCGGCAGGAGAGGUUCUCCUCCCUCAUGGUCUACAGGCUGCCUCUCGAGGAUGUGCGACCUUUAGCGCAGGCUUUCUUCAAAUUAGAGAAGGUGAAGCGGAGCUUCAACCUGGAGGAGUACAGCCUCUCGCAGUCCACCCUGGAGCAGGUGUUUCUGGAGCUCUCCAAGGAGCAGGAGCUGGACAGUUUUGAUGAGGAAGUUGAUCUCUCAGUAAAGUGGAAGCUCCUGCAGGAAGAGCCUUAAAGCCCAAAUACUCGAUCUUUAAGAUAGUAUUUUAUAGCAUUAAUGUGUCUUAUCUCAGAUGUGGCUUCAAAAUGCUUUAGAAACUCAAGCCAUCAUUUUUCUCAAUAAUAUUACAUAUAACGGGACUAAAGAGCAAGGCCCGUGAGGGUGGUGACGCUCAGCCGGCCGUGCAGCCCCUCAGCAGCCGCCGAACCCCAUGCUUCACACGGCAGCAAAUUUUAAAACACAUUGAUUAUGGAAUUGUUUAUAUUUCUGAGGAUGAUACAGAGAUUGUUUCAUUUUCUUUCUCUGAACUUCAAAAUACUAACUAUUUUCUCGUCUUUCUGAGCAGGUAAGUACGCAGUGAGACAAUGCCGAUGGUUGUAGGGGAAAGGGAGUCAAAUGAUUAAUUAUAGCAGCAUGGUGUUGCUUUUCGUGAUUCACUUCCUUAUCACCUGAUCUUAAUUUACUGAUUUUUUCCUUUUCUGUCACUUUUCAAAUUUUAGGUUGUAGAGUCCAUGUUCUCUCUUGUGACGAUGCUGGAGGUUUGAAACCUGUAAAAGUCAUUGUAGUAAGAUUUGAAUGAUCAAGCUGGUACAAGUUUUAAAAUACGUAUAGUACAUACAAUUUCAAAAUUUUUUAUGUUUUCUUAUAAUGCAAAGGUCUAUCCUUAUGCAGAACACUAAAACUUCAUAGAUGUUACUUUCCUGUAUCUGUAUAUGUUAUGACCUAUCCAACCAGUGAUCUUAUAAACACUUCAAAGUCAGUGCACUGUUCUUGUACAUUCUUAUUUAGGUGAGCUUUUAAUGUUGUCGUUGCUACUGUUAUUGUUGCUAGCUGUCACGCACUGAAUUGUGUUCCCCACAAAUUCAUGCACUGAAACCCUCAUCUCCAGCGUGGCUGUAUUUGGAGUAGGGCCUUUAAGGAGGUAAUAAGUUUGAAUGGGGUCAUAAGAUGGGGCUUAAUCUGAUAGCACUUGUGUCUUUACAAGAAGAGGAAGAGACACCUCAUCUCUCUGCACACUCACAGGGAAAAGGUCAUGCUGAGAGCACAUCGAGAAGGUGGCUGUCUGCAAGACAGGAAGACAGACCUCACCAGCAGCUAAAUUUCCUGGCACCACGAUCAUGGACUGUUAGCCUCCAGAACUGUGAGAAAAUAAAUUUCUGUAGUUUCAGCCUUCUCAUUC